CAAACGCUAGCUGGAGCCAGCUUUUGAAUUUAUGAGAUUUGGAGCGGUUUGAAGCGGUUUAGAGCGAUUUGAGUGAUUGUUGCAAACCACCGACAACCGCUACUAACCGCAAAAGCUGUGUUUGCGGGUGGUAGCGGGAAAGCCAGUCGACCCUAAUCUAAUCAGUUAAAUAAAAUCAGUUAAAAGUUUUCAAGUUAAUUAUAGUACAUGAGAAUUUUACCCAAAUCAAACUUAAUUGAAAAGUUUAAACAUUAAAAAUGAUUUGAGUUUAAAUACUCAACAAUACUAAUAUAUUAACUGUGAUUAAUUAUUUAAUUAAAUUUUAUUACUUAGAAAUAAGUUUGAACCGUUUGUAUGAAAGACACUGCAAACAAGUUUUCUAGUUUUUGUUACAAAGAAAAAUAACCGUUAGAACUGAGAAAACAUGAAGAUAAAUUUAAGAAUAAAAAUAACCUUUACUUUCAUCAUGCAGACUCUAUUUUUUUUAGGUAUAAGAACAGCGAGAAACUUUUUUUUUUUUUUUUUUUUUUUUAAAUAAUAUAGAUAUAUUAAAUCAACCCGAAAUACGGGAAUUCAGAUUCGGUUACAAGCUCGAUUUGAACAAAAGCUCCUAAGUUAAUCUAUUACAUUCUAGUUUCGCCCACCCACUAAACCCGGCACGUUCCACUAGUCCGAUUUUCGAAAUCCUUAAGAAUUGGUUGCUGUUCUCAACCAUUGACGAUUAUCGCAGGAAGGUGAGGUUCUCCUCAUUUCUUCGGAUGCCGGGACUUCCUUUGUCGUCUCUGGAGUAGCUAGUUUCCAAUGAACGCCUCGAGACAUUGUUACCGUCACUGUCAAUGACGCACAUGACGAACUAGAGAAGUGGAGAACCAAGAACCUUACUGAGAAGACGUUCGAGAGCCCAAUCUGUACACACUUCCAAGUUGCCAUAAACCGAACAAAGGCGGGCUGAUAUCAUCGCCACCACCAAUCCAUUAAGCCUCCUGAACCUGCAAGGAAAAUCAAGACCACCACCGCAAGAGAGCAAGAGUUCUGAACGGUGCCGGGACGUAGUCUGAGAUCAAGCGACGACACGGAGGCGGCCAAUGACUCCCCGAGAGCCGCCUCCACACUUGUGGUCACCGAGAACCGGGAACCAAAACCAAGCUGAGAGAACCACUGCCGGUGUCGACGGAAACAGUUAAACAAAGGAGUGCGUUGAGACCAAAACCCCAGAGGAAUUGCGGCCGCUAAAACCUCGGGACAGAAUGGAUAAGCAGCCGUGACAAGGAGGCCCAAAGUGAUGUCGGGAACAAGACAGUCUCCGGAAGACAUGGACGACCACCGGAAUCCGCAGCUAAGCAGCGGAUAAAACUCCCCUGAAACCACAACGAAAGGCUGGACAGAGACCAGAUGCCAUCUCCGCCUGCACAGCCUGGCUCAAGCCUCACCUCCGACUCAAAGAACCAGAACUCACCUAACAUCCGAGAAGUGGGGCAGUCCGCUUCGACACCGAAACAGGACCCGCGUCCAAGACCCGAAAGAAGAUCGAUUUCCAAAACCUAGCACAGCAGAGACCACCGCGACCAGAAAAGAAACCCAACCGGGCAAGCCUCGCCGAACGACGACGAUAAACGGACCAGAUCUGAACGAGAAAAUAGAUCCAGUCCCAACCCUAAACGCCGACCACUCACGAGCCACCGCUGCUACUACCGCGCCAGAACAACCAAAGAGAGCACAGAUCGAACCCGGCAGACGUACCUCGCGCGCGGUCGGCUGGCGGACAGAUCUCACCAACUCAGAAGCUCUAGCAAGGCGGAGAGACCGACAUGGACAAGCGAGUGGCAAAGAAAAAACAAGGAAGAAGGGAUGAGGAGGGGACCCGCCGGAGCCGGACACUCAAGCGACGCUCUAACGCGCGCACACUCGACGCCGUUCCGGAGGAAGCAGAGUCGUCUUUCUUGUCGUCUGCAGAGAGAGUUUCAAAACGGUGCGUUUCUUAUAACAGCGAGAAACUUUAUAAACCACCUUUCUCUAUUUCUUCGUAACUCUUCCGUGUUUCUAAAACGAACGAUACGAACUCAGCCAUGACAUCACGGCGCACUACACGAUCGAUGACGUCACUUCAUCGGAACUCAUUGCCGGUUCCUGACGAGCUCGCUAUGGAGAUAUUCUCGAGGCUGCCGUCGAAGGCGAUGGCGAGAUGUCGUUGCGCAUGCAAGCUCUGGUCCUCCAUGCUUCGCCGUCAAGAUUUCACAGAGCUUUUCUUGACCAAAUCUUGCGCUCGCCCUCAGCUCCUUUUCGCCUGCAAUGAUCACAGCGUCAGUAAGUAUGUCUUCAUCUUGUCGCCUCAGCCUGAAAAUCCGGAAGAGAACUCGCAUGUUGUAGCCUCCAAUCACCUUGCGUGUUUCCCAAGUUCCUAUGAGUUAUUUGGUUGUACGAAUGGCUUCUUGUGUUAUGGAGCUAAGCCGAUCUUGGAGGGGAGGAUAAAUCCAGCGUAUGUCCCGGUGAUAUGUAACCCUAGCACGGGACAGUCUUUGAUCUUACCAACAUUGAAGUCGAGGAUGAGGUUUGGAAUCGAGAGCUAUCUUGGAUAUGAGCCCAUUGCGAAAGAGUUCAAGGUGUUGUCAAUGGAAAGCUCGUAUGUAAGUGGUCACUCUGUGAGGCACCAAGUUCUGACAUUAGGAACCAAGAAACUGUCAUGGAGGUUGGUCGAGUGUUGCAUCCCACAUCGUUCUUCAAGUCAGUGGAUAUGCAUCAGUGGUGUUCUUUACUACGCAGCUAGAGCAGUCGGAUCUUCAGUGAAUUCUAUGGUAGUUUCUUUCGAUUUGAGGUCCGAGAAGUUCAGCUCUGUCAAGUUCGGUAAAGCAAUGCCUGAUUCAACAACUCUAGUAAACUACGAUGGGAAACUAGGUUUGCUUAUGUCUGGAGAUUCUCAUGAUGUUACUCGAUCAAGAACAAGUCUUGAGCUGUGGGUUCUACGAGAUGCUGCAAAACAAGAAUGGUCCAAGCAUGUAUAUGUAUUACCAUCUUCUUGGGAGGAUGUAGUUUCAGAGGACAUGUGCAUUGCUGGAAUGGUUGGUGUAAAUGAAAUCGUCUUGGCCCCCUGGUCCCAAAGAGUGCCUUCCUAUGUCAUCUACUUCAACGUGGAGAGAAAGACGAUCACAAAAGUUGGAAUCCAAGGACCAGAAGCGUUUACGGGUAAGAGAUUCUACACCUAUCUCAACCAUGUUGAGAAUGUGAAGCUUCUUUAAGUAAGAGAUGAGUAGUUUGAAAAUCCACCUCUUGUGGAAGUUUCAACAAGCGGUUGAUAGAUAAUCUUCUUGUUACAACUCCUUAAAAAUGUAAAUACUAAUCCAAAAUAGAGAAGUUUAGAAUGUGAUCUUUCAGUGCUGUGAUAGAGAGAGUAAGAGUAAAUGAGCAGAAUGUUACUAGUUUGUCCGGACCCUUGUAGAUGAUAUGAUAAAUCACAAGUUGUACAUUUGACUUUUUGUGCCGUUUUUGAUUGUAUCAAGCAGAAUCUGAGUUACAUUCUUCGAGUGUUUAUCACAAAGUCAAAACUUUGUAAGAGAUCACCGAGAAAACGUACAAAAUUAAGAAGUUGAAGGAAGAGCUAUAGAUGAUGAUGAUGAUUCAACUCUUAAGAAGCUCGAUCCAAACUUAGAUGUUUAUUCUCUUCCAAGUAAACGUUCAAAUCACUAUGAUCGAAAGUAUAAUGAAUUUACUUGUAACCAUUUUGCUGAAAGCAACCUGAACAGAAUAUGAUUAUGGUUUCAUGUACAUGCACACACAUAUUAUUUUUUGACCAAAGGUUUACAUUUACGUACAUUAAGGCAUAGUUUAAUGAUAUUUUCUUAAUAGAAGUCAAUACAAAUUUUAAAAGUAAAUUAGCUGCAUUAAAAAACAGAGGUAUGAUGGAAUAUUAGGUUCGGAUUUAUCCAGAGAAAACGGAAAGUUUGAACACGUUUAUUUGGAACUGAAGAACCAAACUGAACUGAAAUGAAAAAUAAGGUUGGGUCAGAUUCAGAUCCUAUCAACCAAUGUUUUUAAACCCGAUUUGGAUACUGAACCGGACGACUUACUGGGUCGCUGGGUCAUUGGGUCGACCGCGGAUGAACCGCGGGUAAAUAAAUAAAUUAAUUUUAUUAUAUAAUAAUAUAUUAGCUAUGAAAAUAAAAAUAUAAAAAUUAAAGUUUAAUAUUUUUUAAAUGCUUUUAAAACAUAAAAUAAUAGUUUGGAUAUUAUAUAUUUUAUGUUAAAAAAACAUUUAGAAAAUACUUAACUUUAGUUUUUACAUUUUUAUUUUCAUUUGACAUAGAAAAUAUCAAACAAUAGUUUAGACUAUUUAAAUUUUUCUGUAACAAGGUAAGAGUUAUGACAUCUAAAAGAGUUAAGACAUAAAAUUUAUAAAUAUUUACAUUAAACUUUAAAUCCAAAAUAAACGAAAGAGAAAUAUCAUUGUAAUAAAUUGUCAAUAACGGAAAUAACUAAUACCAUAUCACAUCGACAAAUUUUGGUUCUCUCUACCAUCGUUCACUUCAUUUUCUUCAGGUGGUAUAGUGAAAUCUUCAUCAAAAUCUAAAAAUCACAAAUAUAAAAACGAAAAGAGAAAACCUAACUUUUUCUUUUUGUUAGCACCUAAUCUUCAUCACAGUCUUGGCAUGGGUCGGUCUAGACUGGUCCCACUUGACUCGAUUGAGGAGUAUGAAAGGGCACUAAAGCUAGGGCCAAACGCUUUGGGAGGCGUAGCUGCUAUUGUUGACGAGCUCCCUUACAUUGAACUGUUCUUAGCGGAACGGACUGGUUUCAAAAUUGUCGGAGAGCCGUUUAUGAACCGCGGUUGGGGAUUUGCGUUUAAGAGAGAUUCUCCACUGGCUAUAGACAUGUCAACAGCGAUCUUGAAACUCACUGAGACGAGAGAGCAGAAAAGGAUUCUGAAGAAAUGGCUAUGCCAGAAGAGCUGCGGAGAGAAGUCAGAUUGGAACCACCCAGAGCCAAACCAGUUUCAUCUCAAGAGCUUCGAAGGGUUGUACCUUUUCUGCGUUGCGAUCACUGUCUCUGCGUUCUUGGUGUUUGUUCUCAGGAUGAUACGCCAGUUCGUGCGGUACAGAAGGAGUGAGAGGACAAGCUUGACGCCACGAGCUUCUUUGUCGUCUUCUCCUACGACGACGCGUUUAUGGGGAUUUAUGUUGGGUUUCGUGGAGUUUGUGGAUGAGAAAGAAGAGGCCACUAGGAGUGAUGAUGACUCUAACAACAACCCAUCUCAAGUUGUGGAACUUCAAGGUGAUUCUGAGGUACGACAAAGUUGAUGAGUAGACUCCACUUUGUAGAAAGGCAAGUUGUAUUGUAAUUACUUAUGAGCUAACAUGUAAGCAAGAUCACAAAAAAAAAGAUCAAUGAAAUAAAACACACAUAAACACUGAAAUAAAACACACAAAAAA